CGGCUUUACUGUUUUUUUUAGUGCGCAUGUGCCCCAAAAUGAGAACGUUGAGCAAAACAGACUAGAAAAAAAGCACUGGCAUUAUUUAUUGAAAGUUGCUAGCUAAUUCUCUCACCUCGCAAUAUUAGCUAGCUAACAUUUUUAAAUCCAAAUUGUAAAACAUGACGGAGCCUCAGGCAGCACUGUUACUCAGGAGACAGCUGGCAGAGCUGAAUAAGAACCCAGUGGAAGGAUUCUCAGCAGGCUUGAUAGACGAUAAUGACCUCUACAGAUGGGAAGUCUUAAUCAUCGGCCCACCAGACACAUGCUAUGAAGGCGGUGUGUUUAAAGCACAUCUCACGUUUCCCAAGGACUACCCUCUCAGGCCACCUAAAAUGAAAUUUAUCACAGAUUUAUGGCACCCUAAUGUUGACAAGAACGGUGACGUAUGUAUAUCUAUUUUGCACGAGCCUGGUGAAGAUAAGUAUGGCUAUGAGAAGCCUGAGGAGCGCUGGCUGCCCAUCCACACAGUGGAAACCAUUAUGAUUAGUGUUAUUUCCAUGUUGGCGGACCCUAACGGAGACUCGCCUGCCAAUGUAGACGCUGCAAAAGAGUGGAGGGAAGACCGACAUGGGGAAUUCAAAAGGAAAGUGGCCCGUUGUGUAAGAAAGAGCCAAGAGACUGCCUUUGAGUGAUUAUUUAUCAAGCGGCAUCUUGCUUCACUUUUUCAGGGUCUCCAAUUGAGAAACAACAUAGCAAUGUUUUCCUGCACUCUACCACCCUAUUGCAUGGCUGGUCUUCAUUAACUGUCAGAAACCGUCUGGCAACAAUAGGCUGCAAUAGAACAUAACAGCUGUUACCAGAUCCUGACUGAAAACCGCCAAGCAAGUGCCAACAACAAAGCAAAAGAUGAAUAACCAAGUUUUUUUUUUUUUUUUUUUUAGUCUAUGAACUGUAUUUCAGGAAGAUAUUGUAAAGACCUGUAUAUAGCACAGACAUAAAACUGGAUAAUAUAUAAAUUGUCCCUAUCCCAUCCAGCAAGACACUUAGUACCAAAUAAAUAGCGUUUCUGUAGGUAGAAUCUGAGUCCUAUAGAUUCGUAUGUUUUUAUUCCAUUUCUUCAACAUCUGCUCUAGUGUGCAUGAGUUCAGUUCUGUUACAGGUUGCUUUGACGGACAGGAGCCCUUGUAGGGAGCAGAAUGGUAAGAAUGCAAUGCUGUUGUAGAAUCCCUCUAUUGGAGGAGAGCUGCUUUGGUUCUAGAAUGACCGAAAUAUCAGGCCGGAUUUGCAUUUAUGGCAGAUGGACAUAAGGGUGCAUUACACAUACUGUAGCUUGCUUGUCAUGUUGGGUUCAUUCACCUCAGCACUUAGGAAAAGUUGCUGUAAGUCAACAUUUAACAUAUGAAUAAGGUUAUAAAUGUAAGUCUUUAUUUUGGAUUUUAACACCAUUUGGUGCUCUCCCUACCAUGAUUUGUUCAGGUGUGUUUCUUCAGAGAUGGACAUAACCAUUACAAGUCAUGCAUGCACAAAUUGAAGUCAUACGUGUAAGUUUUUAAUUAGUAUUUUUUUCCAAAAAGUGCCUCCUAUUAAAUUGCUUGGCAAUUGCCCCCUGUAAUGAACCAGAGUUUCAGAAAAAUAUGAGAAAUUGCUUAACACCCUGUAAGUUUGUACAACAUCAGCACAAUGUGUAAUUCAAAUAUUGGUUAAAUUUGGUUUCGCAAUAACUUUCCCCUCUGUGUGGUGAACCGUCUUAUUUAAAAAAUUAAAAAUCUGAUUUGGGUGAUGUGGAGAUCUAUUUCUCCUGUAUUCACCAUGAUGAAUUGUGUUGUGUCCUAGGUAGGAUUUGUAAUGCAUGCUUUUAACUUGAGGUUUUCUUGCUGGUAGUUUUGGGGUUUUGAUUUAAAAUGUGUGUAAGAGUGUGUGUCUGUGCCCUUUUUUCUUUACCCUCUAUUCCCCUGAUCCUUGAUUUUCCCAUGGUUUAUUAUUUUAUUCUGUCUGAUGGACUAUUGCAGUUUACUUGCCUAAUGUACAAAGACAAAAUACUGAUGUAUAUUUUCUGUGUUAUGUAGUGAGUUCUUCUAAAAUAAGAUUUAUGUUCCCAAUAAUUGCUGGUGUUUUUUCUUUUUAAAUGAAAUUCAUAUCCCCAGUGUUUUGUCAUAGAAUCAGGCAUGAUUGAUACACACAUUAUCUUCUUUCCUAGCAAGUCAUUACCUGGUCCUGACCAAAGCUCCCUGCCUUUUAUCAUGUGGUGUCUGACCCCUAGGUGAAACAUAUCAUGUACUUGUCAUGCAACACAUUAUGCUAGAUUUAACAAGUGUUAGUGAUAGGAUAUUGUCAUUUGGCACAAAGGUGAGAAUAUUAUAUAGGUCAAGUAUAUUCUGUGUACAGUAGUGCCCCAUAUUCAGAAGAAAGCCAUGUAACAACAUUACACCAAGUGAGGUGUUGGUGCUUUGAUUGCCACAGACUUAUGCCGCGUUCAAGAAUACUCUGAAAUUACUGACUUGGAAACUCAUGGAAAAAUUUGUUCAGAAUCAAUCAAUAGGAAGCUCCAUGUAAAAAAAAAAGUAAAUUUUAACUGAGUUUCUGAGUUGUCUCGCAAUAUCCCUAUCACCCAUGAACAAUUGGCCAGGCAGAGAUCUUUGGAGAACAGAUUUGUCUAUUUUUGGAUGGGUUUCAGGGAGCUGUGCCAAGAACAGGCUCCAGUCUAGACUUGGCAAGGACCCGCAAAUGUCUCCCCCUCUGCAACCAACCAUGUAUUAUUACGAAGAUCAUUUAUAACAUGUACCAGUCAAGAGUUUGGACACCUACUCAUUCAAUGGAACUCCUUCAAGACUGUUGGAAAAGCAUUCCUCCUGAAGCUGGUUGAGAGAAUGCCAAGAGUGCUGUCAUCAAGGCAAAGGGUGGCUACUUUGAAGAAUCUUAAAAUCUAUUCUGAUUUGUAAAACACUUUUUUUGGUUACUACAUGAUUCCAUAAGUGUUAUGUCAUAGUUGUCUUUACUUAUUCUACAAUGUAGAAAAUAGUACAAAUAAAAAUCCUGGAAUGAG